CGUCCAAUAUAAAAAAAAAAUUAAACAAAACCAUCGCACCGCUAGAAGCAUGGCAAGCAGAUUUUUAUAAUAAUUCAAGUGAAAAUUUAUUACUGGAAAUCCGAGCACGUUAUCUACAAUGUUUGCUAAACCUUAUAAGUUAAAAUCAAAUAACACAUUAAAGAAUUCUGAAAAAAAACAUCUCGCUCAGCGUAUACAAAAUGAUUUCCCGGGUGUUACUGAGCACAAAGUUAAAGAUCUGGUCCCGGUGAAAUCAAAUAGCAGCUGUAUGAAGUUGGUGCUGCAUUCUGGUGAAACAAUAGGAGUAUAUGUAGUGGAUGGGAUACCCAUUAUCAUAGAAAAAGAAGAACAGUUAGUGCCAACUGUGUGCGCGCUCUGGAAGAUUCCAGAUCUGAUUCCAACAAUCACUAUUCACACACCUGUACUGCCAAAGGUGCUGGGUGGUGCUCCUCUGUACUUGCCAGGGGUGACACUGCCCCCCCGCGGUGUGGGCUUCCCGAUGUUCUCACGCAACACAUUAUUGGCAGCUUGCACAUCUGACAAUUCGGCUGCAGCAAUAGUGGGCCGCUGUCUGCUCUCCAGUGGGGACAUGUUGUUGAGGGCAGCUGGGACAUGUUUGGAAACUAUCCACGUAUAUGGUGAUCUGUUAUGCAAAGAAACAAAAUUUGAAAAAAUCGAAAGGCCAAAACUGGGCCCACCAUCAUACGGCGGUACUAACCCUGAGAGCAUCACAAUGGAUAUUAGUCAGUUAAGUAUACAACCAAGUGUGAAAGAAGAAUGGCCAAGUUUAGGAAAACAAACCCAACAACCAGAUCCAGUGCCGGUGCCAAAUGAACCCAAAUUGAUUCCAGACGUGCCACAAACUGAAACUAUAGAGAAUGUUGAAAAUGAAGAUAGUAUUGCAGAUGAAUGUUCACUGUCGGAGGAGUCCAGUAUACCAACUGACAUGGACGGGCUGCUGCAGUGGUGCCUGCUCUCCUUCAUCAAACUAGAGAGCAAGCGGAUAGAGCUGCCGCUCAAAACUAACUUGCUGUACAAAAACCACCUGAUGCCUCUGUGUCCUGCCGACCGAACGUUGGACGUUAAAAAGUCGAGCUACAAGAAAAUGGGGAAAUUCUUAGAGAACAUGCAACAGCAAGGACUCCUCGAAGUGCGCGAGAUAGAGAAGGGGGUGGACGCGGUGGUGAGCAUCAACGCAGCGCACCCGCUCGUGGCCGCGCACACUGUCGAGCGGCGCGUCGAGCGGGGCGGCGAGCGGAGCGUCGAGCGGGGCGGGCAGCGGGCCGGGCCGGCCGCGCCGCCGCUCGUGCGCGAGGUGCACUGCGUCACGGCCGCUGUCGUCGACCUGUUCCCGGAGCACAAGAAAGGCACCCCGCUAACGUCGUUCGAAGUACGCGCCACGCUCACGGAGUACGUGAAGUCGCGGGCGCUCGCCGCGCCGCAGCACAGGGCCGCCGUCACGCUCGACGCCCGGCUCGCCAACAUCGUCGGCAGACCUGAGCAGGAAUUCAUAAAAUGGGAGGAGUUGAUGUCAGGUGUACAGAACAAGAUGACUUCGAGUACAGAGAUGCGGUUCGCGGACGGCAGCGUCAAGCUCAUCAAGUCCAAACUGGAACCUAUUAAAAUGCAGGUUGCAACCAGGAGCGGUAACAAAAAGGUAACCCUGGUAUCGAACCUCGAGUCUUUCGGAUUCAACUUGCAAGUCCUGAGCCAAGAGUGCCAACAUGGGGUGGCGGCCUCCUGCGGGGUGACCCGGUCGCCUGGCGCCAAAUAUGAUCAGCUAAUGCUGCAAGGAGAUCAGACUCAUUAUGUGGCGAAAUUGUUAAUCGAGAAGUAUGGGUUACCUAAGAAAUUUGUGGAGGGCGCCGACAAGGCCCUGAAGAAGAAAAAAGGAUAAAUAUACAAUACUUAUGAAAUUAAUUAAAAAAAAUGUGAUAUUACACUAAGUGGUAUAAUAAAACACAUACUAAGGCC